AUGAGGAAAGUCGUCAUCGCUUCCUUUUUUGUGCUGCUUACAACCUUUGCUUCUGCGUUCAAUGUUACCGAUAUUCCGCAAGAGUACAGAGAUCUAAUCCCGAAAGAAGUCCUCGAUUUCAUAGCUAGCCUUACGGAGUCGGACAAAUCAGCACUGAAGGAAAUUUACGAGAAAUUUGCCACCUAUAAGAGCGAAAAUGAGGUAACGGAAGCACUCAACAAAAAAUCACCGGGUCUUGCCGAGAAACUCCAGAAGUUCCAAGAUUCGAUCAGGGUUAAGUUGGACGCACUCGGAGCUGAAGCGAAAACUUUCGCUAAAGAGAUAUUCGCAAAUGCUCGAGAUAUUCGAGAAGAGUAUUUUGCUGGCAGCAGACCUAGCCGUGAACAACUGAUGGAGAGAACCCUGAACACAAUCAAUAAGUACCAAGCUAUGUCCGAUGCUGGAAAAGCAGAUUUUCAAAGACAAUUCCCGAUAUUCGCUAAAGUCUUUUCAAACGAGAAAUUAGCAAAAUUUCUCGAGAAUGAGAAACUCGGCAAAGGCGUGGGUGCAAAGUCGUUGAUGAACCAUGAAGUAUCGUAG